UUCCACGUGCGACAAGAUGGCUGCGUCCACAUCACUCCUUGCAUCAUCAUCUGUUAUGCAGUAGCAGCAUUCAGCAAGUUUAAUUUGCAGUUUUCGACGCCGUUGGACUAUUCGUUACACGGCAAAGAUGCCAGAACGCAGGAAGAGUGGUUCAAGCGCUUCAGGGGCAGGAGACAGCGCCGAACCAAAGGUCUGCCUGGUGCACUUGGACCUCGGCGUUGGCGGGGCCGAGCGGCUCAUGGUGGACGUCGGGCUGGCGCUGCGGUCCAAGGGAAGCCCCGUCCAGAUUGUCACCACGCACCACGACCGAAACCACUGCUUUCCUGAAACGCUUGACGACCACUUCAAGGUGGUGGUGGUGGGCGACUGGCUGCCGCGGUCGAUACUGGGGCGUUUCUACGCCCUGUGCUCGUACCUGCGCAUGAUGGUGGCUGCCCUAUACGUCGUUUGGUACAGCGACGUUCAGCCCGACAUCAUCAUAUGCGACCAGGUGUCUGCAUGCGUGCCGAUCCUCCGAAUGUGUCGCAACGCCCGGAUCGUCUUCUACUGCCACUUCCCCGACCUGAUGCUCUCGAAGCCGGGUGGCCUGCUGAAGCGCAUCUACCGCUGGCCGCUCGACGCGCUCGAGCAGUGGAGCAUGAAGUUUGCGGACGCUGUGCUUGUCAACAGCCACUUCACUGGAAGCGUCUUCAGAGAGGUGUUCCCUCGGCUGUCUCACGUGCAGCUGCAAGUCCUCUACCCGGCGGCGAGCCUCUCGGCCAUCGAGCGCCCCCUGGAGGGAACCCUCGAGGAACUGGGCAUCGACAAGCCCCAGGGGGCACUGUUCCUCUCUUUGAACCGCUUCGAGCGAAAGAAGAACCUUGCCCUGGCUCUGCACGCCGUGGAGCUCGCGUGCCGCGACACUCCCGUACACCUGAUCAUGGCCGGUGGCUACGACCCUGAAUGCCGUGAGAACGUUGAGCACUGGGAUGAGCUCGUCUCGCUCGCGGAGCAGCUGGGUGUGCAGCAGAGGGUCAGCUUCGUGCGGUCGCCCAGUGAGGCAGCCAAGCUGCUGCUCCUGCACGCGUGCCGCGCCGUGGUCUACACGCCGGCCAACGAGCACUUCGGCAUCGUGCCCGUCGAGGCCAUGUGCAUGCGGCGGGCCGUGGUGGCGUGCAACAGCGGAGGCCCCACCGAGACCGUGUUGCACGGCGAGACGGGCCUGCUGUGCGACCCCACUCCCAAGGCCUUCGCUGCCGCCCUCGUACGCCUGGCGAAGGACCGCAGCCUGACGCAGGAGAUGGGCGAGCGUGGACGGAAGCGUGCUGAGGAACUGUUUUCUUGGCAGCGCUUCGUGCGUGAGGUGCAUGAGGUGGCCUUUGGGGACGACAAACGCAAGGAUCGGUAACGACCAACCCCACACAAUCCGCUUGAGUGUUGUCCUCCGUGUCCCCUGUGGGGACGGCAAACACAAAGCAUCGGUAGUGAUUGACCUCUCACCGCUGUCCUUGCUAUCCUGGUGUUUUGGGUGUUCAUUGGUGUUUAUAAGCAGUGGCUGUAAUGCAACAGAUAGAACAGCGUCGUAGGACAACCGAAUGAAGUGGGAAGGACACAACCGCUUUAUAGAAACUGACCCCAUUUUCAACUAAUUGUGUUUGAGUUCAUGCACCAUUUCAAAGCCCCCUUCGGCAUCCUAAUGGCAAACUUAACUCGAACUGUAAACUGUAGGAAGCUUAACGAAAACCAACGGACAAUGGAGCCAAGGAAUGUAUGGGGGAAGUAGUCUUCUAAAUUUAUUAGUCGAGUAAUUAUGAUAUCAGUGCAAAGAAAUUAAGGCGUACGAAAAGACAACUUGCCGCCGGUAGGGACCAAACCUACAACCUUCGGAUAAUGCGUUAGAUUGAUUGAGCUACAGCAGCAUUUAUCCUCCCUUAUGCUUUCCUUGGCUUCAUUGUCUGUUAAUUUUUAUUGAGGUUGUGUCUAACAAAGGAAUGAGCCCUUCAUAAAUUCCCAUUUCUUCAAUGAAACUAUAGGAAGGAGGCUUAUCAAGAUCAGACCACCAUUGCACUAGAGCAUAGUCUGUCCAUCAUUUGAUGGUAAUGCACUGUCAGGUCAACGAAGGAAAUCAACCUGACGUUCCGGCGAACUCUUUUUUUUGUGUACACUUAUAGUCUCUUAACAAAGCCUGUGGAUGUGAUUGCCAGCUCAGGAUGGCAGUUCUCCCUGAACUCUUAACUUAGCCAACAAAACGAACAUGUCGAAAUGCACUUUAGUUUCUAGUCGGCACCGGCACAUAGUCCUCACGGUUUUUCCUGUCCUCUGGCGCUGUAUUAUCUGGUGCCAUAUGGUUUUACGUGAAACAGCUAGCCCAAAUUAUGGUAUUCUCACAACUGUGACUGAAACCCGUCACAGUCGCUUGUGUCUGAACUAGUUUUGGAGGGACCGUAUCCUAGACCGAUCGCUCUACAUCGAUCGAUUCAGAACAUCACUCUAUUUCAUGGUACGACAAAUUCAGCAAGCAUUGCCACUUCUGCUAACGGGAAAGCGUCUAAGCAUACCACAGCAGGAAAAGUUGUCUUAGCUAGAAAAAGAAGAAUGUGGUGGUUUUGAUGUGCUCUUGUAUUUUCGUGUUCAUUUGUAAAAGUGUUGAGCAAACAUUCGUUUGCUGGUCAGCAGUGCAUCCUACAAAAUUUUUGUAGUUGUUCCUGUCUGGAUCUGUCAUGCUCCAGCAUCCAUCAGCUUUAAGAAAGCAUGACAUCAGAACAUAGAUAUGCAUUACUCGGUUCUCGUUCAUUAAAUAUAGUAAAAAGUUCCCUUUAAGCAUUCCCUGUUGAAAGGUGCUUGGUGUUUGCUUUCGCACCAGUUUUGUAGUUUAUACAAAUCGUUACAAAAGAGUUUACAGAAGUUGUGUUAUGUGUCGCUCGAUGAAUUAGUGCCUUUUUAAUGGCUCAGUGUAUUUUUGACCAUGCUGGUUGAGCUUUUCGAAAUGGGCUGUUUCAAUAGCAAUCACUGCUGCACUGGCAUUGUAUUUCAUAGCGCACUACCCAAAGAUCCAACGGCCACAGUGUGGUUGAAAGAUUGCCGCAGGCGGCCUACAUUCAAACACCAAAAACGAUUCACAAUUAUAACUCAUUCAGUAAUCCUGGCUCAAUUUUUCACUUGUGUACAGCUGUUCUAGUGUGAGAAUGUGUUAUUUAAAGUGAAGACCAAAACAGUGUUGCAUUUCAGUGUGCUUUGAAGUAAAGAAUUCUUGUGGCUAGCUUCUGCCACGAGAUUUAUGCUAAGAAGCGUGAUUCCAUCAUGUUUGUUCACAUGGUGCCUUGUACGCAAUGUGUAAAAGGCCUUGUAUGAAUAAGCGGGUGAUUUAUUUGUACAGAAUGAAAGUGUUAAUCAUGAGAGCCAGUGAAAGGCUUAAUAAAAUGUUAUGCCACCU